UCCAGAGCACUGAGCACUCCGAAGAGAAAGAGAGAGAGAGGAAGACAGAAGGGAAGUAAAAAUAAGAUGAGCACAAGAAACAAGGAAAGGGAAAGAAAAGGUUGACAUCAUCAUUUCAUUAGCUGUUUGUCAAGUAUUUCAUCACAAUGACUGCUACUACAACAUCCCAUAAUUGAAACUGACCAGAACAAGUUUGAGGGAGAAAGAGAGAAGAAAGAGAAGGGAGAGCAAGAAAAGCAGGAAGACAGCUGAAGUUGGGUAAGAAGCAGAAAGAGACAGUGAGGUGAAAGGUGGAGGAAAGAAGGAGUGUGUGCACCUCUUGUUAAAAGUGAGAGUACAGGGAGGGAAAAGGACAGAGCAUAGUCAGAAACGGAGGGGUCAUCAGUUGCUUUUGUGGACAUGGGGUUGUGUGCGGUCCUGUUGAUCUGUCUAUCUCAGGCAGAGUUGGGGAGAGUUUGGGCGCAGGAGCAAACAGAUUUGCUGCAAGGAUCAUCACUGCAGACAGAUGGGGACUUAUCGAAGAUCUCCAGAACCCAUAGAGAGAAGGAGCCACCCCAGAAGCGUGUGGUUCGAAACGUAUCAGUGGGAGGUCUAGGAAUUGAUACCCUACCAGGCAACAUGACGUUCGUUGUGGAGGACACCCAGAAGUACUACAGAUGGCAGAGUUUUGUACCUGGGGAGAGAAGGACAGAGGGCCUCUGGAUAGACUUGAGUUCGCUCCAGCAGAGCCAAGUCAGAGUUCACGGCAUCUUGUCCAAUACACAUCGGCAGGCGGCGCGGGUGGCUCUAUCUUUCGACUUCCCUUUUUAUGGACACUUCCUGAGACAAAUCACUAUAGCAACAGGAGGGUUCAUCUUUACUGGGGAAAUCACUCAUCGAAUGCUCACAGCCACUCAGUACAUCGCUCCUCUAAUGGCAAACUUUGACCCAAGUUUUUCCAAAAACUCAACAGUGAGAUAUAUGGAUAAUGGUGAUUUGUUUGUGGUACAGUGGGACAAGGUGUGUCUUCAAGGUCUGGAACCUGACGGACCUUUCACCUUUCAGGCUGCUCUCUAUAGCAACGGAACCAUUGUGUUCAACUACCGAGUUGUUCCUUUGCCUUUAGAGAAGAUUAACUCCACUGAACACCCAGUGAAGGUGGGACUGUCCGAUGCAUUCAUGGCCCUCCUACCGUCUUCACAGUCCUCAGAUCCACGACGGAGAACUAUUUAUGAGUAUCAUCGAGUCGAAAUUGACAUUACUAAAAUUGUCAGUGGCUCUGCUUUUGAGUUUACACCACUGUCCACAUGUCUUCAACACACCACCUGUGAUCUAUGCCUGACUUCCAACCUGACAGUUGGCUGUGGCUGGUGCAACACCCUUCAAAGGUGCUCUGAUGGAAUUGACCGUCACAGACAGGAGUGGCUUGACUACAACUGUCCUGAAGAGGCGAAACAAGCUACAUGCGAGGAUUAUAGCCAAGGGGCCACUGAGGGCUCUGUGGGGCCCUUCAAUGAGUCCGCUUCUGAGCCCACGCUAUCCCCAUCAGUGCUCCCAGAAAGCCCAGUCACUGCAGAUGACACUAAACUUCUCAUUCACUACAAUGGCGGUGGUGAGUUGGAUGAUUUGCAGACAGGUCCUCCCAGCCAAACGGGGGCGACAGAGAACACUGCAAUAAUUGCAGGUGUGGUAGCUGCUCUCAUUCUGCUGGUGGCCCUGACCCUUCUUGCUGUGUACUACAUAAACACACAUCCCACUGUUGCCCCUCCAUUCUACCUCAUGCAGCGGCGCACCAACAACUACUGGCCAUCGAUGAAGUUCCGCAACCAGGGCUGCCAUUCCAGUUACGCCGAGGUCGAGCUUGGAGGCCAUGAGAAGGAGGGGUUUAUUGAGGCUGAACAGUGCUGCUAAGGGGGCUGGACCUCCAGGGCACUAUCAGACAAAGGAGUGGGCACUAUUCAGGGGGAUACAAAAAGGAACAUGAGUGGGCAAAAAAAGAACAAGAAGCAAAUGAUUGACACAAAAUAUUUCUAUUUCCUGACUUGGAUGGACAAUGUGACUGCUUGUAGAAAACAGUACUGUGUCAGCUUUCUUUGUGUCUUGCCAGGCCAUUUGCAGGAGUUUAUGUAUUAUCUGAAGAAAUGGAUGGAAGAAUAGUCAUCUAUGAGAAAAGAGAUGCAGAAAAUGCCUUGAGCCUAUAUGGAGGUGAAAAAAGUAUUUCCAGAAAAAACAUGGCACAAGAAGAUAGGAGAGUGAGAGACACAGUAGCCUUCAUUAGUGCAAAACUGUACAGUUCAACUUUAUAAUGCCCAGCUAUUCCUUUUAUCAUUUUAUUUAGGAAGAUGUUUGUUUUCUAAAAUGUCUCUGUGAACAAUUGAGUUGUGUGUGCAAUACUAUAGCCACCUGGACUUCACUAUAUAUGUUUUAGUGAUUAUGAGUAUCAUAAUUACCAUGGACCACUUCAGCUUUUAGCAUCAUAAAGAACAAAUUUAAGAAAGUUAUUUUACAUCAUUGCUAUUUGAAAACAAAAUUCGAAUAAAACUUGUGGUCAGUU